CUCGUACACUCGAACAGUAAGGAUGCAAAAAGUGAUCUUAAUCGUCCUCUCCAUUGCCGUCUUGUACAGCUCUGGUCAGCAGGUAAAAUGUGUACUUAAUUCAAAGUAUUUCAUUCCAAAUUUCACGGCGAACUGGUACAAAGCGAGCGAAUAUUGUAGCUACGUGGGAAUGCGAUUGGCCAUAGUUCCCGACGCGGACGCCCAAUCAAAGGUGGUGGAGAUGAUCAAAUCAACAGAUAAGUUCAACAACGUGACGACCGAGAUUUGGAUCGGUGCCAGUGACCUGGCACAGGAAUCAUUCUUCCAUUGGCACGCAACCGGCCACCGGGUGCAGUAUACCAAUUGGAAGGAUAAGCAGCCGGACAAUGCCGGUAAGGUGGAGCACUGCGUGGAGGUACGGUAUAUUCCGACACACGGCUGGAAUUGGCACUGGAACGACCGAGAGUGUACUGUGGCACGGUAUUUUAUUUGUGAAAACUUAGAACUUGGCAAGGAGAUCGCACAGUUUUGAAUCGGCAGUCGUUUAGAAAGUCUUCUUUUAUUCGUCGAAGUAAAUUAUAAUUAGUUUCUAAAAGUGCUAUGGUAUGUAA